AAAAGACGUGUAGUGUGUGUGUUGAAUGGGGGGAAUAACAAGAUAGACUCGAGAUUUUUUAAUUCUUUCUUAGGUGUAGUGUUCUUUUGUGCGCCGCUGCUAGGGUACGUAAGUCGGCGAGAUUUGUGCCUAGCUUGGUCUAGGGUUAGGUUUGUGCGGCGGCGUCUGGAUCUUGCGGGCAUUUGUCCGAGUCGGUGACAAGGAGAGAGGCGAGGUGUUGGAUCGAAGAAUUGUCGCUAAAGGAAGCAACAAUUGGCUUUCUGUCCCGAGACGCAAACGUGGUCAUCUGUGCAGGAGAAAAGUCGGUCGAGUUAUGUGUGGAUGUCAAUCGCGCCCAGGGGGUAGAAGUGGAUCGUGGAUAUGCUUCGACCAGGGUUCUGAGGUUUAACCAUUCGAUUCUUGGUCUGGCCAUUUUGGCUCUUUUGAUGACUGAGAUGGGAAGGGCACUAGCUGUGUUUCAUCCAGAUGGAAAAUUGACGGUUUGGGGUCCGGUUAAAGGGGUGAACAUGGAAUUCAACUGGCUGAUUCGGGGAUCGUUGGGGUUGCUUUAGCUGACUAAGUCGACUGCCGCCUGGGGUGUUUUGCCAGCCGAAAAGGGCAGAGAUCAACUUGUAAUUGAUAGACAAAUGAUGGAGGAAGAAAGCGAAGAGAUAAUGAUCCGUCCCCCUCUUGAACUGCCGCCAUGGAGAAACUGUGCGGCUAGGGUUUGGAAGAUUGUUUUACUAUUUCUAUCAUGGGACUUUAAGUCGUUUCUGUGUUACAAUUUCUAUUUUAUUAUUUUUAUGUCAAACAAUAAGGGGGGUAGGUUGAUGUUUUGGUUUGUUUUAAGUUUUGUGUUUGGAGGCAAUCAGGCUGAUUCAGGCGCUAAUAGUCUCGAAGCUCUCACAUUUUCAGCGAUUAGUCUCGCUCUUUUUGGGGUGGACUACUAUAAAGAAGUGAGGGGGCCGAUGGACUUAUGGUUAUUGUUGGUCAGAGGGAGGUUAGUGUCGAAUGAUUUCUAUAUUGAUUGUAAUUCUCCGGGUUGUAUUGUGUCUCAGUUGAACACUGAGAGUUUGAAUUAAUAUAUAUGCCAGCUUUCCUUUAAAAAAACUAAAAUAAAAGUUGUUUGUUGGAAAA